CGCGCCCGCCGCCGCCGCUCUGUUCCACACCCGCGGGCGCAGCCCCGCCACGAGACUCUGACAGCGCGCGGCCCGCGCUGCUCCGGCACACCGGGACUGACUGACCGCGGCGGCCGAGGAGGACGCGAGGAUCGCGGCCCGGCACCAAGUGCGGGAGGCGGGCUGGUCCGGCGGCGCCCGGCGGUCCCCUCUAAAGUAGCUGGGAACUCGGAAGGUCUUACCACCCCUGAGGAGUGGGCCAGCUAGGAAAGCUAUACAGGAUGGCGUGGAGCCCACCCAGGGCCUGAGGAGGGCUCAUCAGCCACAGUCUGCUGGACCUGGAGCCUCCAAGUCGGGGGGCUGCACCAUUGAGGAGACCCAAGAAGAAUCAAUGCUUCGACCCCCUGCGACAUGGGCACGUUGUAAUGACAGGAAAUGAGCAGGUUUGCAGAGACACUGUUCGCCUGAAAUUUAAGACGAAGGCGUCGUUGCUUCUCCCUCCCCCACUGGAGCCCCUGGGCACCAACCCCACCCAGACGUCUGGGGCAGGGAGAAGGGCAAGGGCACGGCUGUGAGUAAUGAAGAACAGCUUCGUGGGCCUAAAGGGCUCUGGCUGACACCAUGGCCAAUGGCAUUGACGAGCUCAUCGGCAUUCCCUUCCCCAACCACAGCAGCGAGGUCCUGUGUAGCCUGAACGAGCAGCGACAUGACGGCUUGCUCUGCGACGUGCUGCUGGUGGUGCAGGAGCAGGAGUACCGCACUCACCGCUCCGUCCUGGCCGCCUGCAGCAAGUACUUCAAGAAGCUCUUCACGGCCGGCACCCUAGCCAGCCAGCCCUACGUCUACGAGAUCGACUUCGUCCAGCCCGAGGCCCUGGCCGCCAUCCUGGAGUUCGCCUACACCUCCACGCUCACCAUCACCGCCUCCAACGUCAAGCACAUUCUCAACGCGGCCCGGAUGCUGGAGAUCCAGUGCAUCGUGAACGUGUGCCUGGAGAUCAUGGAGCCCGGCGGGGACGGCGCGGAGGAGGACGACAAAGAAGACGAUGACGACGACGAGGACGACGAGGAUGAGGACGAGGAGGAGGAAGAGGAGGAAGAGGAGGAGGAGGAGGAGGACGACGACACGGAGGAUUUCGCUGAUCAAGAAAACCUGCCCGACCCCCAGGACAUCAACUGCCACCAAAGCCCUUCCAAGACGGACCAUCUCACGGAGAAGGCCUACUCAGACACACCCAGAGACUUCCCGGACUCCUUCCAGGCCGGCAGCCCUGGCCAUCUGGGCAUGAUCCGGGACUUCUCCAUCGAGUCCCUGCUGAGGGAGAACCUGUACCCCAAAGCCAACAUCCCCGACAGGAGACCCUCCUUAUCUCCCUUUGCCCCAGACUUCUUCCCACACCUCUGGCCAGGGGACUUCGGUGCCUUUGCCCAGCUGCCCGAGCAGCCCAUGGACAGUGGGCCGCUGGACCUGGUCAUCAAGAACCGGAAGAUCAAGGAGGAGGAGAAGGAGGAGCUGCCCCCACCCCCACCACCGCCCUUCCCCAACGACUUCUUCAAGGACAUGUUUCCGGACCUUCCCGGGGGACCCCUGGGCCCCAUCAAGGCGGAGACUGACUGUGGUGCCUACCUGCACUUCCUGAGUGCCACUCACCUGGGGGGCCUGUUCCCGCCCUGGCCGCUGGUGGAGGAGCGCAAGCUGAAGCCCAAGGCGUCCCAGCAGUGCCCCAUCUGCCACAAAGUCAUCAUGGGCGCCGGGAAGCUGCCGCGGCACAUGCGGACGCACACGGGGGAGAAGCCAUACAUGUGCAACAUCUGCGAGGUCCGCUUCACCAGGCAGGACAAGCUGAAGAUCCACAUGCGGAAGCACACGGGGGAGCGGCCCUACCUGUGCAUCCACUGCAACGCCAAGUUCGUGCACAACUACGACCUCAAGAACCACAUGCGCAUCCACACGGGCGUGCGGCCCUACCAGUGCGAGUUCUGCUACAAGAGUUUCACGCGCUCCGACCACCUGCACCGCCACAUCAAGCGCCAGAGCUGCCGCAUGGCUCGGCCCCGACGCGGCCGCAAGCCCGCCGCCUGGAGGGCAGCCAGCCUGCUCUUCGGGCCCGGAGGCCCCGCCCCGGAGAAGGCGGCCUUUGUGAUGCCGCCCGCGCUGGGGGAGGUGGGGGGCCACCUGGGCGGGGCCACCGUGUGCCUGCCGGGCCCCGGCCCCUCCAAGCACUUCCUGGCGGCGCCCAAGGGCACGCUGAGCCUGCAGGAGCUCGAGCGGCAGUUCGAGGAGACGCAGAUGAAGCUGUUCGGGCGCGCCCAGCUAGAGGCCGAGAGGAACGCGGGGGGCCUCUUGGCCUUCGCCCUGGCCGAGAACGUGGCUGCGGCGCGGCCCUACUUCCCUCUGCCCGACCCGUGGGCCGCGGGCCUGGCGGGCCUCCCUGGGCUCGCGGGCCUCAAUCACGUGGCCUCCAUGUCUGAAGCCAACAACUAGGCUGGUCCUUGUCGCUCCCGUCCACCUGCCCUGUCCCCUCUCCUUCCAGGCCUGCACUGCCCCACCCAAUGGCUCUGAACUUUUCAUUUCAAAAUCACAAGGGAAAAAUGAAACAAUACAUAUAUCAUCAGCAAUGGUAUUUUCCGGGCCUCCUGAGGCCGCUUCGUCCCUUUGCUUGUGUCUAACUAAGAUGGGUGGCCCCUCCCAGCAGGGGGCCUGCCUUCUCCCUGGCGGUCUGUCUCUCUGUCUCUCACACAGGAACUCGUGUGCCCCCGCACCUAGGAGGAGGCCCUCACUGGGUGCUCUGGAGCACUUGCGAGCUGUGCUAGGGAAUGAGGCAGGGAGGAGGGGCGGAGCCUGGGGCACACACCCUGCUUGAGCCCAGGGCCCUCUGGCAGAGUCCCUGCUGGCACUGCCCUGAGGGGUCUUCUUUCCAGCCUUUAGCUGUCGGUGAUCCUUAUGGGAAAUGCCCUGUUGGCAGGGAGGCUUCCUUGAGUCCGGAGACAGGCUUCUAGAGUCUGGGCCCAUUUUUCCCUCACUGUCCUGUGACCUUGGACAGGUCCGCCCUCUGUACCCCGAUGUCACCCUACUUUGAAGAGGGUUUGGUAAUUUAGUUUUCCCUCUCCUGCUCACCCACCACAUAUACAUGCCUCCAAAGACAAUUUUUGUGAGGGUACCGGUAGCAGCCUUGCACUCCCCAAGUCGCUGGUGAAACCAGCUGUCCUACCAGAUCUAGUUUUAUCACAUCCACCUGUAUGUUAGCACAGGUGAGAAAUGUGUCCAAACUAGACACAGGUGACAGAGAGAGCUGGGCUGGGGUUGUCCACAGGCAACUCUGGGGAACUCCACGUAUUACCCCCCUCUCCUCUCUGGGCAGGUCACUGUGGAUGACUCCUUAGCACUUACCCCAUCUCUACACAACCCCUCCAAAGCUCCAUGGAGUUUCUUGGGACUCCUAAGGCCAACAGAGAAGGGAUGGGGGCCACCUCUUAACACCUAGCAGCUGCCUCCCUCCACUCCCAUCCCUGGAAACAGGCAAAAACACCUGGUUGCCGAGCUUAUGUGUUUGCUUUUCAAGUCGUGGGUGUCUCAGGGCUUUGGUAUUGCUGGUGACUUCCCUCUCUGCUGUGUUUGAACACCCUCAACUCCUCUGCACUCCGGGGACAAAGCUGGGGUGUGAGGCUCCCCUCAGGGCGGAGAGGCCCAGCCUUGGCUCCAGUAUGGGUCUGAAGGGCUCUGUGAGUUGGCGCCGUCCACACACUCUCCCUGGUUCUCGACUUUGUAGCAGGUCCUAAGAUGGAAGACAGCUCUGCUGGCCCAGUGCCUUCCUGAUCUCCUGUCCCCUUUCCUGUCCUUCCCUCCCUUUUCUUGCUGAGUUUCCUUUGUGUCUCAGCAGCCAGAAAAGGAGGACAGUUCAUCUGCACAGAUUCCCCAGGGCUGGUGUCCCCAGUCCCGGAGCUGCGGACACCAGAGACAUGACUCUUCUUCUAGCCUUGGCUUCUUCCUGAGCAAACACAACAAACAAAAAGGCCAGAGAAGACACAGACUCUGUCACUCCCCCAGCUCCCCAGAAGAGACCCCUAAUGCCACAUGUCACCAGAGGGAAUUGCUUCGGACAUCCUCUUGUCUUCAGAUGUCACCUGCCUGGGCAGCCGCUUCUUAGAUUCCUGUCUCCAUUUCAGUCACUUGCCAACAUGCCAUGUCCCCCCAUCAGCCACGGGAUUGGGGCUGACCCGUACUUUAAAAAGAAACAAGGAAAAAUGAACAAAUUGGAAUCCGGUGGUGUUGGGGCUUUUGUUUUUAUUUUGUAAAGGUAAUGACUUCUUAUAAACUCAAUUUUUCAGAUGACUGGUUAGUUCUCUUUGUUUUCUCUUGGCUGCAGUUUGGAGUUGUACAUUGUAAAAUAUCCAAAGAUGCUGAGUACUGUAUGUUCAAUAAGAACUUGAAGCAAAUGGGUUGUGGGGUGGGGGUGUGUGUUUUGUUUUGUUUCCAGGUUUUUUUGGGGGGAGGGGAAUGUUUCGAUUUCCCUGUCUGUCUGUGGGAGAACUUUGGAAUUUUUUCUAUUUAUAACUCUUUUUUUAUGUGAUUGAUUGCUUUAUGUAAAAUGACACUCAACAAAGUUUGCCUUAGUGAUUCAAGGGACAAUCUUCCAUAACUUUGGUUGCACGCCGCAUCCCGCUGAGAAAAACUCUCAGCUAAUUUUCUGGCCUAUUUAUUAAACAGUAUUAAUUGACUUGAUUAAAUUAUACUGAGAGGUCGCACUUCUGUGAGAGGUGACAGCAGCAAGCCAGUCUAGACAUUCGUUGUGUAAAGUUUUGACAAUUGGGUGUCAUAAAUUCGCAAUAACGUCAAAGACACCUUUACAAAAAACACACUCCCUUGACCCUUAUUUAAUAAUUUGAAGGGCGGUGUUUUGAGUAAAAGAAACCUACGCUUGCUCAAUUCCCUGGCUAAGGUUGACUUUGCCCUUCUAAUUCUCAUUUCAGUUGUCAGUGAGUGCUUGUGUGGUAGGAACUCAACUCUUUAUAACAGUCUCGUACAUUUCAGCUUUUGAGCCACUGUUUGAUCGUAGGCUUUUGGGCUUCUGUGAGCCUGAGUGCAAGGUGUGUGUGUGUGUGUGUGUGCGUGUGUGUGUGUACACAUGCAUGUUCAUGUACAGCCUGUGAUGUGUGAGCAAGGGAAAGUCGCAGGGUUG